GCUCAUUGCUGCUGGCUGGUUAUAAAAAUUCGAUUUCCGUCAUUCGAAUGUUAUUUUUUUUGUUGUGUGUUCGAUUGCGUGUGUGUUUAACCUGUGACAUUCUUUGGUUUUUUUCUUGUUUUGUUUCGUUUUUUCUUCUUGUUUUUUUUGUUUUUUGGUUAAGUUUUCUUUGCGAUUUGAAACAAUGGACAUGGAAAUUUAUUAUCAACGUAUGCGUUCGGAUGAAGUUUUCAAUGUUAUACGUAAUUUAUCGGAAAAAUUUGCUAUGAUGAAUCAAAAUGAUAUACAAAUGGCCGAUGUUAAUAAUAAUAAUGAUAAUAAAGAUGGUAAUAAUAAUAAUGAUCGCUUUAAAGGUUCAACAACAUUAUAUUAUGGUCGAUCACAAUCAUUGGAUACUGAUAAAAUUAUUAAUAAUCUAUAUGGAUCAUCUGAUAAUCCUAAUCAUUCAAAUAAUGCUGAUAAUAAUAAUAAUCCGUUGGAUAAUUUAAAUAUAAAUGAUAAUUUACGUAUACCCGAUGCAAAAGUUGAUGCAGGCGAUGAUGUAAUUAUUGGUGAAAUCAAUACACCUUGUAAUUUUUAUCUGAUAAAAAAUAAUCCGGAUAUUAUUGUAUCGUUUAUGGAAUUUGAAGAAUCGUUAAAUCAUUUUUAUAAUAAUGAUAAAAAUCGUAUAAAUUUAAUUGAAUUAUAUUCAACAUCGAUUGAAAAUAAUCGUUAUGGUGUAGCGAAAAUUCCAUCAACUUUAGAACAAUCGGAAAAACGUUGGGCACGAAUACAAGUGGUAAAUCAUUCGGAUCAAUCAACAAGUCAAUGUUUUUUUAUUGAUUAUGGUAUGGUUACACCAAUAUUAACAAAUGAAAUUUAUAAAUUGGAUGAUCGUUUUAAACAAUAUCCAGCACGUUCAUUUAAAGCUGCAUUAGCAGAUGUAUCACCAAAAUCCGAAUUCUGGUCAUUAUCUGAAACAUCAUUUUUUGAAUCAUUAUCAAAAGAUAAAGAAUUAAUAAUAAUACCAAUGAAUAUUAUUGAUAAUGAUGAUCGUCAUGAAUGUAAUCUAUUGGAUAAUGAUAUUGAUAUUAAUGAUGAAGUUAAUAAUUUUAUUCGUGGUAGUUGUUCAUGAAUCGUUGAAAACAAACAAACAAACAAACUACGAAUAAGAAGCCGAUGGAUGAUCAGUGAUAUAUUUUUUUUUAAUAUUCCUGGAUGCCUUUUUUUUUGUUCAAAAAUCCAUAUCCGACACACACACUUUUUUCUGUUCAUGUUUCUGUUUCUAUUAUUCCAUUUCAUUUUUUGUUUUUGUUUCAUUUUUCACACACAUAUCGUAAUCAAACUUAUCGCUACUAUUUCAUAAUGAUGUAAACAACAACAAAACGAAACGAAAAAAACUUUUGCUCAAUCUGAUAGGAUUUAUUAUUAUUAUUGUUCAUCAUCAUCAUCAACAUAUUGAUAACCCUUUU